UUAGAAAUAACUGUAAAUCAAAAGAAAACAACAAAUACCACCAAACCUACAGAACUUGAAUUGAUAUUGUAAGUAAAAUUGAUAACAUAAAUCACAAAUUUUUCCACAUUGUUUAUUCAGUAAAACAAAAGUUUUCAUGUACGGCAAAGAUAAACGAUGAUACUGAAAGGCAGAUAUCCUGGAUUUUGGCUCGAAUCCGGACAAAAGGGUGAAAACAUUGUGAGAUGUUUGGUGUUAUUUUGACAUUUUCACACAUUUCCCAGGGAGUAAUUUAUGGAUCUUGAUGAAAAACAAAUCAGGCGUAUGUAGGGGACUGAUUAUGAAUGUGUGCAAUUUGCAGCUUGAUUGAAUUUAGGGGGACAGGCUGUUGGGCCUUGGCGGAGGCAUGAGCUCUAUUGAGGGACAUUGUAGUUUAGUCCUGCUUGCCAAAUUUUAAAACCUCAGUGCCAGAAGAAAAUCCUCUUAUUUCUGGGCCAAUAUUGUUUAACUGACAUUGGUCCCCAUAAGCUGCUGCUCACGCCACAAGACCAGGUGAAUCUGGAGAAGAGAAAAACCCUGAGUGUAUUCAAUUGAGCAAAUGUCUCUUCUAUUGCUUGCGAGAUUCAUUUGCAAAAUUUGGAAUAUGCUACUUCCGCUUUCCAAAAGUGUAGUCUCACUUUCAAGUAAUUUAUAACAAUUUAAGGUUUAAAAAUAAUGAAAUAAUGAAAAAUAAAAAAAACACAGUUUCCCUCCAACACCGAAGGAUGUCAGUGAUGUCAGUGCCAGAUGUGGUGUUGUCUGUUGUCAUGGAGACCAUUUUGAGCGAGUGAUGUCAAAUUCACAUGCUGUCAUGGCAACACUGACGCACUGUGAUGUGAGUGUGAAACAGUGUUUGUUAAGAGAGUAAACACAGGGAGCCCUAACAAAAGUACGACCGGUACAGGGGUGUGUUCUAGGACACGCUUGUGUCCGUCUUCUGACUGAAGACAGGAACCAGAGGAACGACAGAGGAACAGGACACGGUCAGGAAACUUGUCUGUCCAGAGGAGCUGCUGGAGCUCAGGUCUACCAGGAAGAUUCUGGACAUCCUCCAACAUGAUGUUCUUCAUUCAUGUUUACAGUUGGAAACUGUUCUAUUCUGUGCACACCACACGUACUACAUGUUUGUUCAUUCUGAUUGACCCAGUGUGACCCUCAGAUGGCCGUGGUCUGGGACCCCUCCCUGUUAAAAAGCCAGUGAAACAGGCAUAAGAGCUUUGGUGGGCGGAUGGGACAAUGGCCAAGAAAGAACCCAUUUGAUUUUGGCGUAGAUCCACACAGAGGAGGGGGGGUGUUUAAUCCAUGGACCCGUCCAUCACGCUGUGGCAGUUCCUGCUCCACCUGCUGGACGACCAGCGGCAGCGUCACCUGAUCUCCUGGACAGGUGAGGACGGAGAGUUCAAGCUGCUGGACGCCGAAGAGGUUGCACGACUGUGGGGUCUCCGCAAGAACAAGCACAACAUGAACUACGACAAGCUGAGCCGAGCACUAAGAUACUACUAUGACAAGAACAUCAUAAAGAAGGUGAGCGGCCAGAAGUUUGUCUACAGGUUUGUCAGUCAGCCUGACCCCUCGCUGCCAGAGGGGGUACGAAACGGAGAGGAGGGCAUCAGGAGGGACGACACCGACCCGACCAACCAAUCAAGAGGCCUCGGGGGCGUGACAUCACCCUGUCCGUCCAAGGGCUUGCCCCAGCGCUCGUCACCUAGCAGCUCCCAGAAAAGCUCCAGAAACGACUACAUGAAGUCGGGUCUCUACUCCACCUUCACUAUCCAAUCACUGCAGGCCUCGCCCAACCCACGACCAAUCAAAACAGAGCUCCUGCUGCAACAGGAUCCCACGGCCAAGGUCGAUCGCAUGCCUAGAGAGGUUUGUGUAUUGUCAGAGUCUAAAUCUUCGUCAGUAGGUGGAGCUGUUGAGUCUGCUCUCCAGGUGAUCGUCACUCAGUCGUCUCCAUGUCCGACUCCGGCGCUCAGUCCUCAGAUACCAACCAACGCCACCAGCCAAUCACAGAAUCCUCCUGCUCCCCUGAGCGACCCUCCGCAGAUUUAUCUCACCAGCGUUGGGGAUCCGUCCUCCCUCACCCCCCUCAUCCCCAUGGGUCCUGUUGGCGGGUCGGUGAGUCCGGUCCCUCCCCCCCAUGUUUCAAUGGGCCUUCAGGGGCUGCAGCAGGAUGACUGUGGGGGAGUCACUAACCACCCUUCAAGCUUUCCACCUCACACCCAAACUGCUCCUCACCAAACUCACCCCCAGUCCGUCUUUGUCAUCAUCAACCCACCUCCUCAGCAGCAGCAGCAGCAGCAGCAGCAGGCUGCCAUGGCUCCUGCUCCUCCCUCUGUUGCUCUUCCUGCCCGUCCUCCUCCUCCCCCCAUUGUCAUCAAGGAGGAGAACCUACCGUCAGAGGAGGAGCUGCUGGAGAUGGUGUCUCUUGAGGAGAAACAGAUGGAGGAGGUUCCACAGCUGAUCUGUGACUCGGGUGACUCGGAGCCCACCACCACCACCAUCGUGGAGAGUCCGCCCCCUCCCUGCAUGGAGCCCAGGGAUGGAGGGCAACAGCCUGCAGGGGAGGCAGUGGAGGGGGGGUACAAAGGCACACUAAUAGAUCCCUCCGUCCCUCCCGUGACCCCCACCGCAGCUGUGACCCCUCCUGUGACUUCCAGGUCAGAUGUUGCUCCUCCAAAACCAAAGAAGCCACGGGGCCUGGAGCUGCCCUCCUCCCCCUCCCUCCCCCCUGGCCUCUCCCUGGAUAAGGUUAAUGCAGCUGUAAACAGUUUGCUGGCUCCUGGAUCAGCGACCAACACGCUCACUCCGACUGUCAUCACCUCCCAUGCGCUGACUCCGGUCCUGUUGACUCCCAGUCCUCUCCCCUCCACCAUCCACUUUUGGAGCACGCUCAGUCCCAUCGCUCCUCGCUCCCCAGCCAAACUCUCUUUCCAGUUUCCAACCAAUGGCAGUAAUCAGAUCCACAUCCCAGCUCUAAGCGUCGACGGCCUCUCCACCCCAGUGGUGCUCUCCCCGGGCCCCCAGAAACCCUGAGCCCCCUGCCCACCUUGCACAGCUCCUUACUGGGCUCAGGACUCACAUGACGGGCCCCUGGCCUUCUGGAAGGUCAGAGGAGAACUGGAUCUGGACUGACUGUGAAACACUCCCGCUCAAAACAGGAACCAUGAAGUGUUUCAGCUGCAUCGCAUGAUGGGUAAGAGCAGCAAAGUUGAUGGUUAAUGAGGACCUUUCACUGGUGGAUCUGUUCACAGAUGGAGAAUCACUGUGGAAACCAGUUUGAUGAACGUCAAAAUCUCCAAACUCUUCUGCCGACCCUUCAGCAGAAUGUUUUAAAUGUGCAGAGAGCAGGAGGAUGUGUCAGUGUCAUCUCCCUGGUUCCCUCUUUCAGCCCUUUUACAGUUAUUGUAAUGGCCUCGAACAAAAUGACACUUCUCUGCACUUAAAAGCGUCACGAGUGGCCGAUGAGGAGGGAUAUUUCUUCUUCUGAGCAUUUUAACUGACGGUCCUAUUUUAGGACAAAGAUCGUUUUUACCUUGUGAACAAUUGUUCCUCUUCAGCCUGACCGACUGAUUCAGUGAAUGAUGAGACAACUUGGAGAAAUGUUGAAAAGAAAAACAUUCAUUUUACUUUUUUUUGUCGACUGAGCAAGGAUGUUUGCAUACGACUUUUAAAACCAGUUAAGGGAUUUUUGUCUUUGCUCUUAUUGGCCGUUUUUUUAAGGCCACGCCUUUCCACACUUAUGCAUGGCCUGUUAUUGGACUGAACUCCUCAGCAUUACUUUGAACUGACCAAUCUCAGAGCUGGGAUGAUGAUGACGGUGGACCCUCAUCGCUUUAUAAUCAGCCAAGUUAUUUCUCUAUGAAAGUCUCAGUACAGGACAGAUUGUAUUUUUUCUUAAAGAGUCUUUGAAGAAGUUUUAUUCUUUGACUUUUCAGGUGCGAAACUUGUUUGGAAUAAAGGGUUUUAUGACGUCUGAUGACACAGUCACAUUCCUCUGGCUUUAAAAUGUCAAUAGAAAAGUUUGAUUUACUGAUUGAUAUUAGUGUAUUGUUUUAAUUCAGUGUUCAUUCUAGACGUACAGUAGAUUUUUCUCAAGGAGCUCUGAUUGAUGAAUGUUUUCUUGUUCUCGAAUGCCUCGGAUUCACAGCCUCGUAAUAAAUCUGUAGCGAUGUUGUCACAAGUCGACUACUCCAUCGUCGCUCCAAGAAAAGAAAUCCCUGCUCUUACUUUUCACUAUCGCUUUUCCUCUUUUGAAGUAUCUGUAACUAACUAACUGCAGAGAAGACAAUCUGCUGUUUAAACCAGCACAUGACCAGUGGUUGUUUUAGUUUUAAAAUUUUAAAGUCUUCUUGUGGGCGUAGCCUUUGUCAGAGCGUCAGUGAACCCGGUAUUCACACCAACAGUGAACAGUCCUCACAGAACGGACCUCUAAGCAAGUUGCAACCCACCGUGAUGUCACCCGUUGGUAGGAGAUACCGUUAUGAAGCCUUGAGUUAAGCAUUUUGACCAGUGCCAUCUUGGUUCUUUGGAACCAGACGUAGGAGCAGGGGGUGGGUCUGACUGAGAGCUCAUCCACUGGGCGUCUGCAACAAUCCACUGAUUGGACCUUACUAGCUGUCAAUUACGCUGUAUCCAUGCUUCACUGCAAUACCGUGCUUUAUCGUCUAUUUUACUCUAAAUGAGACCCCAAUUAAAAAUGUUUACAUCAUGCUGUAUUGAAGAUGACUCGAAACUAGCCAUUUAGACUGUAAACUUCCCAGGAAAAUAUUAGCUAUUUGUAUAAAUCAAGUGAUAAAGUAGAGUCAGUCUCUCAUAGACUUCUAUAGCAUUUGACUUCUUUUUGCAACCAGUGAGCCGUCCUCUGCUGGUGAUUCCAGAGAAUAGAGGCUUCAGGCACUUCCACAUUGACUUCAUUUUUCGGAUCUGGUGACUAUGUCAGUGGACAGAGAGCUGGAGACGCCAAAGUGGAUGAUGCUCACUAUAUGUCACCGUCCAGUUAAUUGAAGCUGCUCUGUCAGAGUAUUAACCACUCCACGGCACAGAUGCAUUAUGGUCCAUAACUUGUGGCAACAUCGGAAUCUGCAGAAAGAUAGAUGCGCUUUUUCUAAAAACCAAGGAGUUUAAUUUUUUAUUCCCUCAAAAAAUCCAAAGUGAGGAUGAACUGACACGUGCACUGGUUCUUCUGAAAAGACUGUUGUUGUUGAUGUUGAUGUUGUUGAUGAUGUUGUUGUGGUUUGUGAUGCUAGCUGAACUCUGGUUGCCAUGGUAACCCGACCUGACUGUUGCCGAGCCUGCAGGCUGCUGCUGUUGUUGUCGCUGAAGCUCCUCGUGUUGACGCUGUUGACGCUGUUGACGUGUUUCUAUGCUUCUGUGUGUGACGACAAGGCUGCGGACUCUCUGUCUAUCACACACACACACACACAAACACACACUUUUGUCAUUAUGUAUCUGGGAGGACACUUAUUGACAUAAUGCAUUCCCAUGUCCCUCGCUGUAACCUGAACAUGGAUCUAACCUGAUCCUUAAAACCAGGUCUUAAUCUUGAACUGGACAAAAUAACAGACCAAACUCACAGCCAUAGAAACACACACACACACACACACACACACACACACACACACACACACACACACACACACACACACACACACACACACACACACACACACACACACACACACACACACACACACACACACACACACACAUGGACCUUCAGAAGCUGAGUGAAGCUGGACCCUGUGUUUUUAGACGUGACAUUGGAUGUUUCAUAGUUUAUUCAGUGUAACUGAAGCUGAAUCAGUUUUAUAAGCUGCUGCAGAGCUAAGUAAAUUACACUUGUACUAUUUCAACGUUGAACCAAAAUCACUGAUGAUCUGAUAGGCCGAGGGCUGGAGGAAUCAGAGAGGAAGUGUCCCAUAGUAUUUGUGUUGGAUAAUGUGUGACGUCCAAAGACGAUAGUAAAUAAAGAUUGACCACUUCCUCCCAUUGUACAAAAAUGAAGCUAAAAUGUCUCUACUAUUGACGUGAUUUGGAGCCAGAGCUGGUGCAGUAGUGAUCUUGGAGUAGAUUGAGGUCCCGCCCAUACGGGCGCUCAAUCAGUCAGUCAGUCUCAGCUGUCAAUCAUAAUGUCUUAGCCAAAGGUAGAAGAAGACUUUAGUGAUCAACAACUGUUAACUCACAGAUGCCCCCGCACAUCUAAACCUCUGUUCAGGAAAAAGGGGAUAUCGAUAUGAAAAUAAAAAAACAGCCUCAGAUCAGCUCCUGACGGUGCCAUUUCCCAGCCUCAGCAGUGACGUGAACGCACCUCCAAGCCAUCGUGUUUGACUGUUCUUUCGCAGCAUGACUCUAUUUUUCUAUCAGAGAUGAUGUGUUUUAUUUUGUGAAUAAAAGCUUAGAGUGACGAAGCCUUAAAGAUUCUGAGCUGCAUCGGA